AUGAAAUGGGAGUUUGUAAGCCAUAGAAGGUUAGCCUUAGAAAGAGAAUUGGGAAAGGAUGAUAUUGGAUGCAAGGAAGUCAUUAGUCUCGUUAAGGAAGCAGGACUAACUAAGACUAUUUCUGGAAUAGGUGAUUGUUACGAAACUAUUGUGAAGGAAUUCAUAGUGAACAUUCCUGGUGAUUGUGAUAAUAAAAGAAGUAGAGAUUACAAGAAGGUGUUUGUCAGAGGCAAAUGUGUGGAAUUUUCUCCUAGAAUAAUUAAUAGGUAUUUAGGAAGAUGUGAAGAUGAUCAAAGUAAGGAAGAGGUAACUAAUAAUGUCGUCUACAAAGAGAUCACUGCAGGGCAAGUGACUCAAUGGCCGAGGAUGAAGAAACUGUCUGUGAGUAAUAUGAGUGUAAAGUAUGUUGUGCUAAACAAGAUAGGAGCUGCCAACUGGGUUCCUACAAAUCACACCUCCUCAAUAACUGUAGGGCUAGGCAAGUUCAUUUAUAUAGUUGGAACUAAAAUCAAUUUUGAUUUAGGUACCUACAUAUUUGAGCAAACUAUCAAGCAUGCUCAUUCAUUUGUAGUGAAAAUGCCCAUUGCAUCUCCUACUCUCAUUUGUGCAAUAAUUUUCAGUCAACAUAUUGGGAUUAUGAACAACGCAUAUAUAGUAAGCAAGAGUGAAUCUCCUUUAUAUCUUCAUUACAAGUUGUUCAUAGGGACACAUGUCCCAGACAUUGUCACAACAUCUGGGAAGGAAGUUGCUAAUCUAGCUUCAAAAGAGGAAACCAUUGCUGAACUCCAAGAAACUUGUAAGGAACUGAAUGAGAUUAUCAAGACGUGCACUGGGAGAAAAAUCAGAUUAGAAAACCUGAUUAGAUCAUUGGAUCAAGACAAAGGUGUGACUGAUAGGGAUGAAGACAAUCAAGAAGCUAAGGAAGAGAAUGAUGAAGUGAAAAGACCAGCGGAGAAGAAGAAAUAG